CCGGGUCGCGGCCACGCGCCGGUGGGGGACGCGGCGGGGACAGCGGUCUCCUCCGCGGUUCAGAGGGGCUCCUCGAAAAUGGCUUCGGGGCAUGCGCCACCGCGGCCGUUAAAGAGACGCAAAACCGACGCCUAGCAGCCCGGAGCCCGGUGGCACAGGACUGGGCGUCCGCCCGCGAGCGACGCCUCGGGCCACAGGCCAAGACUGCGGCGGGAAAGGCGGCGGCGCAGGGGUGGGCGCUUCAGGUGCGGCUGCGGGCGGGGAGCGUCGCGCUGCGAGGCGGCGCCGGCGGGGCGCAGGGGCGGGGCCUGAAGUUAAAUACAGCGGCGGCUGCGGGCCGGCAGGGGGAGUUCGCAGGGCUUUGCUUUCCCGCUGGUGCUUCCCUUGGGAGGGCAACAGUAGCAACAGUAUGGAUCAUUGUGAAGUUCUCAGCAAGAAAGUGAUUGAGUUCAAACCACCAGUGUAUGAACAGAGAUACUACUUUGUUAAAAACUUAGUGAAUCAACAUGGACACAAGAAGAUUGCAGACUUGGGCUUCGGGGACGCCACACUUCUAUGGAUGCUGAAAUACCACCGCUGCGUUCAGUAUCUUGUUGGAGUAGAUAUUGCUGCCAAACCCUUUGAAUGGGGAGGGGGUAGGUUGUCUCCAGGAGUGGGGAGUUACAUCAUUCCUCGGGAACUAGAUUUGACUAUAACCUUGUACCGUGGUUCUGCUGUACAAAAAGACUCCCGUUUGUGUGGAUUUGAUUUGAUAACAUGUAUUGAAUUGAUAGAACACUUAGAUUCUGAAGAUCUGGCCAAGUUUCCUGAGGUCGUGUUUGGGUACUUUUCUCCAGGUAUGGUUGUCAUCAGCACACCAAACUCUGAAUUCAAUCCCCUGUUUCCAGCAUCAACCUUUAGAGAUCCAGAUCACAGAUUUGAGUGGAACAGAAAGCAGUUUCAGAUGUGGGCUUUGGAUGUGGCAAAGCUCUACAAUUACUCUGUAGAGUUUUCUGGUGUGGGGGAUCCACCAGCAGGAGCUGAGCAUGUUGGAUACUGUACCCAAAUUGGAGUCUUCCAGAAAAACAGCACACAGCCAACUGAAUUGAGCAUUUCAGAGCCAGAGGAACACGUUUAUGAAGUUGUUUAUACCACCUCAUACCCGAGUUUACAGCAAAGCAAAUACUUCCGGUUUACUCUGAGUAUUGAGGCGGUGAAAGCCAUCGACUUGAUGAAAAGCCGGUUUCUCCGGGGUCCAAGGAGAAAGGAGGGCGGCCGGGUGGUACCGCUCGGCAGCUGCACCCCGCAGCACGGGUUAACAGAAGCUCAAAGGGCCGAAAUAGAGCAGUCCCCCAAGCCGUACAGUGUGGGAGAGAAGUUCUACGUGCCGCUGGAAAGACUCCUCGCUUACCCGAAGGUGAACCGCUUGGUGGCGGGCAGCACGGAGAAGCUGCGCACGGUGCUCGCGGAGGGGCUGCGGCUGAACGGAGAUCAGACCGCGGUGCAGGUGGAGUUGGUUGACUACCGCACACAGCGCCUCUUCGAUGAGCAUUUAGUCAGCCCUGCGCUGGAGUCCUAAGUGAGGCAGCCUAGUCUGCAAUUCUCUCUAACCGUGUGUUUUUUCAUAGGCUUUUUGUAGGGCGGUGGGGGGCCCAUAACGUGCUUGUUCAUGUUUGUUAGACCCAUGUUGAAUAGGACUUUAAAAAAAAAAUUUUUUUUAAGCAAAUUGGAUUAUCAAAUAAAACCUUUCCCCAGGGAAUAAGUAGUUUUAAAUUCAUAGGAUUCUGUAUACUUCUUUUGGGCUAAGUUCUAACCUGUACUAUAAAAUACUUGCCUAAAACAUCAUACAGGAAGUGUUUGAAGAGCAGCCUCCUCCCUGGUAGUUUACUGCAUAGAACCAGGGUGGUCAGAGCAGUGGAGAGUUAGAGCUUCACACUGGGGGGAAAACUGGUUUAAAUCACAGACCUGAGUAUAGAGGUUAGCUGACCAGGCUCUGCCACCAAAAGGACCUAUUCAUCUGCCUUCCUGUUGUGACUAUCUCAGGGAGGACUUUUUGUUACCACUUGAAUAUUCCAAGUCCUAUUCCAAAGAGAGAGCAAAGAAAGGGACCGGCCAUGAGCUGGCUUUCUGGUAAGGCUGGUUCUAUACCACUCUUUUGCUCCUUGUCCGAGCAGAUAGAAGGAUCACCUUACCACUCAGGAAAGCUGGGAGCUGUAGUUUCUUGUUCUGGGCUGGUAUGUGCUCUCAGUUCAUGUCUAAUGUUCUCUGGGAAGGAACCCGGAGUAUAGGACCUUUGGCCACUUCCCAGUCUGCCGCGAGUGGCAUAUCCUCAUUAACCAGGGGCCAGCUGGUUGUGGAGUGUGGGUGCCUAGGAAAGGCCUCCUGAGGCCAUAGUUCUCAGCUUGAUUCUUUGAAGUGUUGAUAAGUAGAAAGUGGAUUUGAGGGGGAAGGGCAGGGAAAGAAGGGACUUAAGAAUAGAAUCUGAUCACACAACCGCUUGUUAAUCAGCUCUUCAUAGUCCCUGCACCCCCCACCUUUCUAGACUUAUUUUUCCCUCUUGAAUACAUAGGACCUGAGGACGCACUCUUGGUAUACUCCAUGCCCCCUCCCCUAACAAAAGGCCCUGUCGGUCUGUCUAGGCCUCUGCAUGACUUCUAACACAUAUGGCUUCCUUUUCAUAUGUUAGAACCUAGGUUUCAAGCUUAGGCCAGCACUUUGUCCUGUUGUCCUCACCUUCUCAUUUUGAUGCAGGUAUGGAAAGAUUCAUCAAUGUCUAAAACCUGGUGUCAGGUGUUCUUGUAGAGAGCCAACUACUGAGCUCUAGAAAUUGAGGUGGAAAAGUGACCAGAGAGAAAGUGGAUGUGUGUUCCACUAACAUACAGACUAAAGGCAGCUGUUUUGUCCAUAGUUGGCAGUUUUAAAAAGCUAUGUACACUUAUUAACUCUUUAGCAGCAUGGAAAUGUAGAUCAUUUUAAAGGGACAAAAGCAAUUAGACUUUCUUUCAUAUUGUUGUAAACCCAAAGUUGGGUUUAUUAGGGGAAGUUUUAACUCACUUGUGUGCAUCCUGGGGACAGUAACUGCAUAGAGUUACAGCACUGAGACCACCUGGCCCAGAGGAAUGUUCCCUAUAAGGUUGCCGUGUUAAUAUUAGAGAAAUGUUAGAUAUGGGCAUGUCCUUACCCAGGCAGCCAGUCCUCAUAGCAAGGCAUGUUGCAGGUCUAGAAAGUGAAGAGCAGUCCUUCAAGGCUGAGACUAAACCAUCCAAUACCUGAUUAAGAAAAGUGGCAACUCUAGGGGCGCCUGGGUGGCUGUUGGUUAAGUGUCUGCCUUCAGCUCAGGUCAUGGUUUAGGUUCCUGGGAUCCAUCUAGUCAGCCAUCAGUCUCCUUGCUCAGUGGGGAGCCUGCUUUGCCUGCCUCUCCCCGUGCUUAUGCUGACAUCUGUCUCUGAUGAAAUCUUUACAAAGUAGCGUUGCUACUUAAGAGUAUCGUUGCUUUAUAUACAAAAAGUGUAAAGUUCUACGCAGAUUUCAGGUAUCUCAGUGGAGGGACCUGCUGAAAUAGACUAGUUCUCUCCAGCCACUCUUUUUGAGGGGCACCUGUGUGGCUCAAUGGUUAAACGUCUCAGUUAAACGUCUGCCGUUGGCUCAGGUCAUGAUCCCAGGGUCUUGGAAUGGAGUCCUGCAUCGGGCUCUUGCUCUCUGCACACCACCCCCGCCCCAGCUUAUGUUCUCAGUAUCUCAAAUUUUAAAAUUAUUCAGAGAUAAUGAAAGUAAAGGGGGGAGAGGAGAGGGAGAAGCAGGCUCCUCACUGAGCAGGGAGUCUGACCUGGAGCUUGAUCAAUCCCAGGACUGUGGGAUCAUGACUUGAGCUAAAGGCAGCCAAUUCACACACUCAGCCACCCAGGGGCCCCAGUCACUGUUCAGACUGUUAGCUGCUCUCCCUUUUACUUCACCUCCCAGUGCAUUCCCGGCUCAAGUAAAACUAUCCCCCAGGGGGCAGUGUUGGAUGGCUACCUCCCCUUCAUCCUUACUCUAUUUUCCAGCAGCUUCCUGUGAAAGGGGACAUGAGGGAAUUUUAAAAUUUUGAAUCCUGCUUUGUUAUCAAUACAUUCUUUUCCUCCAUGUAGGCUGCCCUUUCUGGGGGAGAUGUUUAAAAGUCCUUAAGAAGCUUCCCUUUGCUUUCCUAUAGAGGAACUCCUGCCUGUGUAUGUGUCCCUUGUUAUGUAUGUUAGGUAAAACAAAUUUUCUG